AUCAAUAUUUACAAAGCCAAAGAAAUUAAUAAAUUCAAAUAUGGCUUCUAUUAAGAAUGCACUUUUGCAAACUCCUUGCACCUUUUUAAUUGCUCGGAGAUUUCGUGGUAAGAUAAAUAUACAGAAACCUCGUAAACCUCACUUUGAGAGACAAUUGUUGAUAGACUUAACAAAACCCUAUUAUGGACCCCCUAAGUACACCUUACCCGAUGUAGUACUUUGUGAUAAUACUACAACUGAGAACAAGAAACUAAUCGACAAUCCUUUUGAACGAAUACUGGCAAAGGAGUGUCUUGACUGGUUUAACACUUCAAAAAUGGUUGUUUUUUUGCAUUUAAAUUCAAUAAGCAUGGAAGAUAAAACGCCGAUUUUUGCUGCUCUCAGAAAAAAUAAUAUGCAGUUAAGAACUUAUGGCAAGAAAAUUGUAAAGAUGGCUACAACUGGGACCCGCUAUGAAGCUGUCAAUUGUUUAUUUAACUCUCAUCAAAAUCUCAUAUUCGGUCAACCGGAAAGUGCUGACAAAAUGUUUAAAAUUUUAAAGAAAGCUCCACAGCUUGUUGUAAUGGCUGCCAUAAUUGAAGAUCGUUUAUUAUCCAAAAAUGAACUGGUUGAAUUUAGUAAACUACCAAACAUUGAUAUGGCAAGAAGUCAAUUGUGUGGUGUUCUACAGAGUGCAGCAUCUUGCCUUGUCGGCCAGCUCAAUCAGAGCCAACAGACCUUGGUUUCUCAUCUUGAAAAACAUGUAGAAAUUAAAAAUAAUAAUUCAUAAUGUUUAAAAAAGAAUAAUCUAAAAUAUGAUUAAAUAUACUUAGUAGCUUACAAGUCUUUAAACCUACUUAA